CAGUAGCUCAGAGGCCCAGAACAGUGGCAGGGUUACAUAUCUUUUUCUACUGCAGUGACUCAGACCCUCUCUCGAAUGCAGUUGGAUGAAAAACCAAGACAUGUAAUGUUCCUCUGAGAUGGCAGCCAGUGAGGCCAGCUAAUGAAUUUGAGACUGCCCCCUCAGUAGGAAAAGCAUUUACACAUGCAUGAAUUUUUCACAACUAAACCUUGAAGCAAAGAUGGAUUUUACCGCUAAACAUGGACAAAUUCUGCUUGAGCAAGUGAGGAAGAUGAGGGAGACGGAGCACUUGACAGAUGUAGUGUUAGUUGCUGAGGGGGUAAGCUUUCCCUGUCACAGACUUGUUUUAUCUGCCUUCAGCCCUUACUUUCGUGUGAUGUUUACAUGUGGACUGCGUGAGUGUAACAACAGAGAAGUAUUUCUGCGAGACACCUCUGCAGACAGCUUAGCUCUUCUCCUGAACUACAUGUACAGCUCAGAUCUUCCUCUCACCAACACAAACGUGCAAGGAAUCUCGAUUGCAGCUUUUCUCCUGCAAAUGGAUGAUGUAUUUACUCAGUGUCAGCAGCACAUGAUUGAAAACAUGGAUGCCUCUAACUGCCUGGGUGUGUUUUACUUUGCCCGAGAUCUUGGUGCAGAGGAAUUGGCCGAUCAAGCUCAGCGCUUCAUAAGGCAGUACUUUGUCCAAGUGUGCCAGAAUGAAGAAGUUUUAGAACUCGAGGCCUAUCAACUAGGGAAGCUGAUCAGUUCAGAUGACCUCAAUAUUUCAAGAGAAGAAACCAUUUUAGAUGUGGUUCUUCGCUGGGCCAAACACAGUUUUCAGAUAGAAGGAGAAGUACGUAGCAAGCAUCUUCCUGAGCUCCUUAGGAAAGUUCGCCUACCCUUAAUAAACCCAGACUAUUUAAAAGAGACAAUGAAAAGGAAUACAGCCUUGUUGGCUGAUGCAGACUGUAUGGAGAUAAUGAGCCAAGCUUUGGAGGUUGUACAAAUGCAUCCCUCCGCAGUACCACGCAAACUAAAAUUGCGCUAUGGGAUGGAAACCACGGAUUUGCUGCUCUGUAUUGGUAAUGACAGUAGUGGAAUUAGGUCAAGAUAUGACAAUUAUAGCGAACGGAGCUUCUGUUACGCCCCCACAACAAGUCGAACAUACUACAUAACUUCACCGAGAUAUGGAGAAGCUUUAGGGUAUGUAUGUGCAGGGGUUGUAACUGAAGAAAAUGACAUUAUAGUGUCAGGAGAGGCCGGUGCCCGAAGAAUGUCCCGACAAAAGGAAAUGGAUGUAGAGCUUUAUAGAUACAAGGUCGAAGCCCAAGGAAGCUGGGAACGCCUGACAUCGGCAGAGUAUCGUGAUUCUUAUGGACUAGGCUCCUUGGGUGAUACUUUGUAUCUGAUUGGUGGGCUGAUGAAGCUGAAGAACCAGCUUCUUAUCACUAACAGCGUGGCGCGGUGGCCUCUACGGGGAGGACCUUGGCGGAGUGCUGCUCCUUUACCAAUGCCCCUGGCUUAUCACAGCGUGGUCAGGCUGAAGGAUCGCCUGUAUGUCAUUGGAGGUAAAACCCCACAGUCAUGCCGAAUGGAUGAUGAGCCAGACCGUCUUAGUAACUGCCUUCUUGAGUAUGAUCCAAAUAUAAACAAGUGGACAGAGCUGGGUCCAAUGAAGUAUUCAAAAUACAGAUGUAGUGCAGUUGUUCUGAACGGAGAAAUUUUUGUAAUGGGUGGUAUUGGAUGUGAGGGUAUGGACCGAGGGCAGUCACGCCAUUGUCUUGACGCUGUAGAGAUCUACAACCCAGAUGGGAAUUAUUGGAGGGAUGGACCUUCUCUACCAUGCGCUCAGCUGGCACUGCACACAAAUGCCUCAAAUGCUGGUGUGGUGGGGGGAAAGAUAUAUGUGUGUGGGUACUACAAAGGAGCAGACCGUAAUGAUGACAUAACAAAAGACAUCUUGGAACUAGACCCCUGGGAGAACCGAUGGACAUUGGUUGCUCGGCGUGCUUUGAUGCAUGACAACUAUGAUGUCUGCCUAGUGGCAAGUCUAAAUCCAAGGGGACUAAUAUCUCCCCCUGCAGACAUACUGCAGUAAAACAGAUGAUUCAGCGUGCAUUGUGUGAGUAAGUUAAAUUGGUACGCACUUGUACCACAUCUUUGAAUUUGACCUUUGGAUGAAUUUAUGCAUUAAUGUGCCUGCACGGGAUCUAUGCUAACUUUCUGCAACUCACUCCAUGGCAGAAGUGCUGAACUGAAAAUAUUGUCAAAGCUAUUAAGGUGGAGAGUAAGGGUAUAUUAUUUUAAUAGAAUUCCUCAUGAGAAAGAUUACCAAUGUUUUUCUAUGAAUUUUAAUUUUUAGAAUAUAUCAGAUAUUUUUAUCCUUUCUUCCAUUCUCUGUUCCAGUAGAGCUUGGGGUUUUACUUAAAGUGGCACUAAAGGGUUAUUAAUAUCAUUGUUUUUACAUUAUUUUUUAAUAACAUUGAAUGCCAUUUUUAGCUAUUUUCUCAUUUUAAAGCUAUUUUAGUCGCUCCUUUUUGGGAUCUCCUGUAGAAAUACAGAUUAUCAUUAAAAUCCAGAUGACUGUAUGAGAGCGAUACCUUUUGGCUUUUCCCUUUAGGGGUCACCACAGAGAAAAGAAACUCUUCGCAUGGUAGAUUUGGCACACAAGGUUUUAAUUUGGAUGCACAUCCUGACAAGACCCACAAGCCUAAAUCAAACAUGUGUCACCACAAUAGCAGUGGAGCACUCAGACCACUGGAUUAAACUCCCAGGUACACAGCCAACUGAAUGCGAAUUUAAUAUUAGAUAUUCAAAUUUCAACUCUUUGCUCUGAUUGGGAAGCUUUUGGGCGUUGCCAAUGCGAGUGGUGGCUUUAGACCAGUGGUGUCCAAACUAUUCCACAUAGGGCCGCAGUGGGUGCUGGAUUUCAUUCCUACAAAACAAGAUGACAUCUUUUCACCAAUCUAGUGUCUCACAAGUGUAAUCAGUUGAUUGCAGUCAGGUGUUGCUUGUUUUAGCUCAAACUUCAUUGGUUAAACUGUCUGUGCUCGAUUGGUAGGAACAAAAACCAGGACCCACGGCGGCCCUUGCGGACAGGUUUGGACACCCAUGCUUUAGACACAUGGCAGAGAUGUGGAAUACAAUAAUUCUGCAAUGACACCAAGGUUCAGUAUUUCACAAUCUUAAAAAAAAAAUAUUCACUUGACACUCCUGCAGAAGCAGGAUUCAAUGCUCCUAUGCACACAGAGAAGCAUAUUUGAGUCAGGACGCAAGCUUUUGCACGGAAUAUAUGCUUCCAAAAUGCAAAUAUAUUACUUAUUUUCACUUAAAAAAUGUAUUACUUGAUGUCAACACAUGCACGUGGUGCUUCAAGACUGGAGGUCUUAAUCGUAUUGCAGACAUCUGGAGGCGCCACAAAGGCAAACACGAGAAAAAAAAGUCGAUCGAGAACCAGAUGAGGAGGCCGACUUUUGCCUCUGAACAAGCCAAGCAAAGUGCCUCUAAGCCGGCUAGACAGCAAAAAGCAGCUUGGACUGGAAGUCAUUGGGGGAAAAAAGUCUAUCAUGAGAACCGAGGAGACCGACUUUAAAGUGCCUCUCGGCUCGGGGCUGGAGGUUGCAGGGACAAAACUGAAAAAGACAGGAACUGGUCAUGUGGCAAAAGUAUUGUACUAAACCUUGGAAAAUGCAUAUGCAUUUUCCAAUGCAUUUAAAAACGUCAUUAUUUAUGCUUGGUGCGGCUGAGUUAAGAACUAGGAAGUGGCAACCUCCAAACAGUUGGGAUUGGCAGAUCAAUACCAAUAUCGAUUUUCUUGAUAGCAAGUCAGUAUCAGAUCAAUGCUAAUCUGGAGAGAUCGAUAAAUAGCACUCGUUUGCAAUGCUGUGGUUUCGGCAACUAGGAAACAACCAGGUCACCUGAUGCGCUAUGCUUCUUUGUCAGAACGGAGCUGUUUAAACUAUUUGAUUAAAAAUGGAAUCACAAAAAAUGUCUUAAGGUCAUCAAAACUAGUUGAAAUUUAUCAAUGAAGCAUUUACCUUAUUUAUUGAAUGGUAUUGUGAUCACGUGGCACAUUAAAACUGUUUCAUCCUUUAAAGACACUCAGAUUUACCAUUCAAUACGGCCCAUAUUUAUUUGGUAUGAGAUUUAUACCAAAAUAUGCAGUAUUGCCGGUCCCUAGUGCUCAGCACUCUCAAUAUUAGUGAGCGUGGAGGAAAAACGAUGAGGGCAGGUGCUUGCAUAAUAAGGCACAUGUGUAAUAUCAUAUUCGCUCCAUAUUUAAUCAAUUAAAAAAUUACACAGAUAACACUCUUCACCCAGGACUUCCAUUUCAUUUCAUUUCUGUAUACAUGAAACAGUUCAAAAUAUUGUAAAGUGACUUUAGUGCCUCUUUAACCUUUUGUCAAACAUCUAAGCAUGCACUGAAGUAAGACAUGUUUGAAUAAUUAUUUUUGUAAUAAAUAUACACAUUAUCUACAUUGCCAAUUGUCUGUACUUUAUUGUUUCUACUCAAAUGGUAUACAAUCUAAUAUAACAGAGCUUCAAAGAAUCCGCAUGUUUGAUAUUUUGGAAAAACAGAAAUAUCGAAUUUUAGGUACUCUCAUGUCAUUAUCACCAUUAAUGCAAAUAAACUUGAAAGUGACUUUUUUUCAAAUAACAAUCCAACAGCAAAAACACAAAAUGAGUCAGUUUUAAUUAUGAGCAGAGAAACUAAUUGUGUUACUUAUUUCUAAACGAUAGGAAAUGAACCAACUUUCCAUGAGUCUUUCCAAGUCUUUAGGAAAUGUGCCAUGCAUGUAUUCAACAAUAGGUAUUGCCGCUCCUAUCAACAUUCUCACCAACCAAAUAAAUAAAACAUAACCAAAUGGAUUGUUUUGAUAGACUAAUCAAUAAUAAACGUCAUUGACUUGUGAUCUAGAAAACUGUACCUCAGACCUUAUCUGUCUUAAACAGCUGCCAUAGGGCAUCAUUAGGACUGGAAUCUGUUUGCACCAUCUCUGAGGUGGGUUUAAUUUUUCUGGUGCUUUCAGGGCUGCUGCUCUCUUGAGACCAGCAGCUGAGAGGUGUGAUCAUACAUCCUGUAUUGGAACUGCUCUUUGGCUUCUGUUG